AUGGACAAAACAACGCUCCCCGAGGACCCAGACGGGAUCCUCAGCCACGACAAGAUGGCCGCCGUCGAGAGUCUGCCCAGCAGUGCCCUCGCCGUCGAUGCCGACAGCACGCCUGCCGUCCUCGACCACAAGGCGGAGCGCGCCCUCGUCUGGCAGUUCGACUUGCGCCUGCUGCCCGUCAUGGCCAUCAUGUACCUCUUCAACUCGCUCGACAAGGCCAACCUCGGCAACGCCAAGACCGCCGGCCUCGAGACGUCGCUCGGCCUCGCCAGCAACCAGUACAACAUCCUCCUCAGCGUCUUCUUCGUUCCCUACGUCCUGACCGCCCCCGUCCUGGGCGUCCUGGGCAAGAAGCUGGGCCCCAAUCGCGUGCUGCCCCUCAUGAUGUUCUCGUUUGGCAGCUUCACCCUCUUGACCGCCUGCGUCCACAACUUUGGCGGCCUCUUGGCCCUGCGCUGGUUCCUCGGCAUGAGCGAGUCGGCCUUCUUCCCGCUCGUCAUCUACUACCAGACCAUGUUCUACCGCCGCGGCGAGCUGGCCCGCCGCCUCGCCGUCUUCUACGCCGCCUCCAACAUCGCCUAUGCCUUUGGCGGCCUGCUGGCCUUUGGCGUCUUCCACAUCCGCAGCGGCGUCUUCGGCGCCGCCGUCGACAACUGGCGGUACCUGUUUCUGGUCGAGGGCGCCUGCUCUGUGCUGUUCUCCGUCUUUGCCUUUUGGUACCUGCCGCGCUCCGCCGCCGACGCCCGCUACCUGACGCCCGCGCAAAAGGCGCUCGCCCACCACCGCAUUGCCGUCGACAGCUCUGGCGUCGUCGACGAGCCUUUUGUGCUGCGCGAUGCCCUGCGCAUCUUCCGCGCGCCCACCACCUGGGUGAUUCUCGCCAUUGAGGUCUGCCUCGGCGUCCCGCUGCAGAGCGUCACGCUCUUCCUGCCGCAGAUCAUUGCGCGCCUGGGCUUUGGUGCUGUCAAGACCAACCUGUACACCGUCGCGCCCAACGUCGCCGGCGCCGCCGUGCUGCUCGUGCUGGCCUUUGCCAGCGACUACACCCGCCUGCGCUUUCCCUUUGUGGCCGCCGGUUUCCUGUUUACCUUUGCCGGCUUUGUCCUGUACGCCGCCAUCGACGUCGCGGCCGACCUGCACGUGGCCUACUUUGCCUGCUUUUUAAUGACCUGGGGCACCAGCGCGCCCUCGGUGCUGCUCGACGUGCUCUACAACAACAACGUGGCCAACGAAAACAAGCGCGUCCUGCUGACCAGCGUCGCCGUCCCCGCCGCCAACGUCAUGGGCCUCGUCAGCAGCAACGUCUUCCGCAGCCAGGACGCCCCGCGCUACGUCCCCGCGCUGGCCACGACCGCGGCCUUUGGCGCCACCGGCCUGCUGCUGACGCUGGCGCUCGGCGCGUACAUGGUGUGGGACAACCGCCGCCGGGACCGGGCGCAGGGCGUCGUGGUGCGGGCCAAGGACAUUCCGACGGAGAGGCUUUACGAGGGACCCGCGUCGCCGGACUUCCGGUGGUUCCUGUAG